GGUUUGUAUACCUGUCAAUCAGUUUUAUAAGGGUAGAGGAUCGCCGGAGAGAAAAGGCGAGAUACUAGUGAGACAUUUCGACGGAUUUGCUCAACGACGUGUUAUUUGAAUGACAUUUCAACGUUAAUGCUCGAGUUUGAUGUUUAUUCCGAAGGAUUAAUGCUAAUGCGCUAUUUCGGGCAGUCUUGUUCAAGUGUAUUCAUCAGCUGAAGAAACAGCACAGCAGUUGUGGACGGAAAUGAAGACUCUUGAGGAGCCUGCAUACCUGACUGUUGGCACUGACGUGAGUGCCAAGUACCGUGGGGCAUUUUGUGAGGCCAAGAUCAAGACUGCCAAGAAACUUGUCAAGGCCAAGGUGACCUUCAGACCCGACUCCUCCACUGCUGAGGUGCAUGAUGAGCACAUAAAAGGAAGUCUGAAGGUUGGUGCUGUGGUUGAAGUCAAAAACCAAGAUGGAAUCUACCAGGAAGCUACCAUCAACAAGCUCACAGAUGCUAGUCUGUACACAGUCGUUUUUGAUGAUGGUGAUGAGAAAACCCUGAGGCGUUCAUCCCUGUGCCUUAAAGGAGCACGUCACUUCGCAGAGAGUGAGACUCUUGACAGGCUUCCCUUGACAAAUCCUGAGCACUUUGGCACUCCUGUCAUUGGAAAAAAAGGCAAUCGUGGUCGUCGCUCUAAUGCUAUACAAGAGGAAGAAUCCUCAUCCUCAUCCAGUGAAGACGAUAAUGACCCACAACAGAAUGAGGAUCUUUAUGGCAAGGUGGUGGGUGUGGAAGGUGUUGCUACAGUGGAUAAAAAGAAGACUUUGUGGUUUCCUGCCAUGGUUAUCUCUCCAGAUUGUCAUGAGGAUGUCAUAAUGAAAAAAGACAGCGUUUUUGUCCGCUCCUUCAAGGAUGGGAAGUUUCACCUGGUUCUACGGAAAGACAUUAAGGAACUUGACCGUGACAUGGGUCCAAAAGCAGACGCGAGCCUCAAGCCAGUGCUGAAUGUAGCAUGGGAUUUCCAGUGCAAUGGUACUGUGCCUAGUGCAUGGAAGACUGAGGUUAAGGAUGAAAGUUCCAGCAGUGAAGAAAAUGAAGAGGAGGAAGAAAAGGUGCAUGAGGACGGUGGCAGCAGUGAGGAGGAAGAGGAAGAGUUGGAGCCCUUCCCAGAGGAGAGGGAGAAUUUCCUCCAACAGCUUUACAAAUUCAUGGAGGAUAGAGGGACACCCAUAAACAAAAGACCAGUGCUGGGCUACAGAAAUCUGAACCUAUUUAAACUCUUCAGGCUGGUUCACAGACUUGGAGGAUUUGACAGUAUUGAGAGUGGAUCUAUUUGGAAGCAAGUGUAUCAAGAUUUGGGAAUCCCUGUAUUGAACUCCGCCGCUGGUUACAAUGUCAAAUGUGCCUACAGAAAGUAUCUUUAUGGUUUUGAGUACUACUGCACCUCAACGGGGAUCAAAUUCCGUAUGGACCUCCCAUUUAAAGCAACAGAGAAGCUGAGUUCUCACACAGAUAGCAGUCUUGAAGGACCAGCAGCAAGAGCAAACAGUGUUGAAUCAAAACCUGAUGCAGAGAUCUUACUAAGCACAAAAAAUACUGUUAAGGAGAGGAAAUCAGAAGAAACAGGACUUUUUAGGAACAAAGUAAACAUCAGAAGCCCAAAGGAAGAAGACAGGAUAAAUAGUGACAAGGAAGACAAUGGUAUUGAUAAAGAGCCCCACAAGCUUAAAGCUGAAGAAGCUGCACCAACAGAAGAUCCAUGCACAGACAACUUAAAUGUGGAUCCAAGUAAGGACCAGAAAAAGGAACUGUUACGGAAUGACAGCAGUCAGGAGUGGGAGGAAGGGGAAGAGUUUGAGUGUUACCCCCCUGGGAUGAAGGUGCAGGUGAGGUAUGGGCGAGGUCGCAAUCAGAAGACGUACGAAGCCACUGUGAAAGAGUCAGACCUGGAGGGGGGAGAGGUGCUCUACCUGGUACACUACUGUGGCUGGAAUGUCAGGUACGAUGAGUGGAUUAAAGCUGACAAGAUAGUCCGACCAGCUAAUAAGAAUGUUCCCAAAAUAAAGCACAGGAAAAAAAUAAAGACCAAAACUGAAAGAGAAAGAGUCCAAAUAGAGAGUUUAAAUGACAGAGAGGACCUUUCUCCUACAAACAGUCGCAUCAACCGAUCCUCCAAACUCAUCUCUGGCAGUGAUGUUUUUUCCAAAAUGGAUGAAUUUAAGGAUGCAGGUGGCCAGAAGAGUCCUGUUAAAUCUUUCAGGAGCACCUCCAAUCUCAAUGGCCUCCAAGCGCCAGAGAACUCAGCAGAUUACAGCAACCAUGAGCAGGAUGGGGAAGGUGGCUUUAAUGAUGACAGUCCAGCAGGUCAGCUAAGCCUUCAAAGAAGACCUUCUCCAGAAAGCAUUUAUGCAGCCCUAAAAUGGGAGCGCGAGCCUUCCAGUGAUGGACACAAAGCUUCAGUGAGUAUGGGUGCCACAGAGGUAUCAUUCAGCCAGCACAGUCCAGAAACAAAUAAACAGUUAGUAACAGAGGGGAAGGAGUUAAGCACCAGGAGAAGAAAAGUUGAUGGAACUUCUGAGCGUACACACAAAAUCCUAUGCAAAGGCAAAACCAGGGGCAGCAAGUUAAGCGAUUGGCUAUCAGAGAGUUCACUUAUCAAGCUGAAAGACAGAAACAUUGGUCCUCGGGAAGCAGACAUGCAUUCCAGCAGUAGUUCUGAGGAUGAGGAGGAACCGCUUAUUGAAUCCCAGGCCAAAGAAGAGCUACUAAUACACCACAAAUCUAAGGGUAUAUCCUCAAGGAAGUAUAAUGGCCUGAAGGAAAAGGUCAAGGGUUGUCAGUCUUCAACUUUCUGGGAAAUCCCUGACAAGCGAGCUAAAAUGACAUCUGGAAUAGAUGACAGGACACCUGGCUGCCGUACAAAAGGCCAGAAGGAUGUAUGGUCUAGUAUUCAGGCUCAGUGGCCUAAGAAAACCCUGAAAGAGCUGUUUUCUGAUUCAGACACUGAAGCUGCAAAUUCUCCCUCUCCAGAAGUUGUGGGCCUAAGCGAACCUGACCCUGAGCCUGAGCAAAAAAGUGAAAAACCAGAGGAGCCAGAGCAGAGCCCAGAGAAGAACCAAGAGUAUCCCAGCAGUGGAAGCAACUCCAUCCUCAACACACCUCCCACCACACCAGAGCCUGCUGAAUUUUUGCAUGAGAUGCACUCAUCCUCACAACCCCCCCAGAGGUCUGUCCUGACAUCCUGCUCUCCAGCCACAUGCUCUUCUGUUUGCCCUUUGAUAGAAGAGUGUGUUGGUGGGCGAUGUGAGUCUGACACUAGUACAGUGGAGAUGGACAUUGUGAGCUGUGAGUUUCACAUGCUACCUCAGGAAGAGCAGUUAGAAUCCCCAUCCAAAGCUUUUGAUGCUAAUCUCUCCAGCAACAGCAGCUGUAGCUUGAGUUUGAGCAGCAGCAGUCAGAAGGAGAGUGAGCAGAAAUCCAAAGUCUCAUCAUCCAAUCAGAAGCGGCAUAAAGACUCCCAGGGUGGUGGAGCAUCAAAGAAACACAAACAAAGUCACAAGAACUUGAACUUGCAUCCCAAAAAGAACCACAAAACAGCCAACAGCAGUGACAGUGAGGACCAAUGUCUCAAUGAGAGUGUUGCCAAAUCGCUUAUGCCCAAGAGUAGCACACAGGACAUGAAGAACAUAACUCCACCCAAGGGCUCUGCUCGGACACCCCCACUCAAUAAAUACCACAAAAAUGGGGACUCUGAGCAUCUGAAUCCCAAAGAACAACAUGGCAGCAUGCAAGGUUCCCAUACUUACAAGUGGAGUUUUCAGAUGUCCGAUUUGGAAAAGAUGAGUAGCCUAGAGAAGAUCACAUUCCUUCAGAAGAAAUUGCAGGACAUCAGGAAUCACUAUCUCUUGCUCAAAUCUGAAGUGGCCUCCAUCGAUAGAAGACGAAAACGUAUGAAGAAAAAGGAGCGGGAAAGUGCAGCAGCAGCAUUGUACUCGUCUUCAUCCUCACCGUCAUCUAGCUCUCUUACAGCAGCUGUUAUGUUGACUCUAGCUGAGCCCACAGUCUCAGGCUCCUCACAGAAUUCUGGGUUCUCGCUGGAGUGCAGGUGACGGGAACAGUCCUCUCACAGCACAUGGCACUUCAUUACCCAAAUAAGCCUCUGGCAUUCCCCAUACUAUGUGACGGAACCAAUUCUAAUUAAUAGUUAACUCAUGUAACAACCUGAGGCACAAAUAUCUAAGAGGAUUAAAAAUAGAGCCAGACAACAGAAAGCACUAUUUUCUAUUGACAACUGUUUCCUCUGCAAGCUAAAUGCACUCCUGUACUUUUUCCUGAUAAAUUUCGUGGAAUAGGUUGUCAGAAAGAAUAAUAUUUUUACAUGUUUUAUGUUUGAGCAAUAAACAUGCCAUGUAGAUAUAGGUAUAUCCUUUCUGUGAAGUGACAGUACUGCAUUUAUAGACUGGAAUAACAGUUGUUUAGUUAUUUGUGUCUGUUUAUUAAGACAAGAAUGUCUUUCAGCCCUGCAUUUAUAGAUUAAAUCAAUUGUGGUGCUCUGUAAAAAUGUCUCACGCUCUUAUGCAAAGCGCUUUACCUUUAUGUUUCCUUGAAAAUGUUCCUACUUUUGGUCUGCCAUUCCCUAACCAGGAAAAGGCUUGCAGUGAUGUAGAUCUUUAUUUAUAACGAAAAAUAUGUAUGUGUAAAAUUCUGAAGUUGCUGCCAGUGUUUCCCCAUUGUUCUAUAACUUUGCAGGUCUAUACUGGGUGGCACUGUUAUGGAAUCAUAUGCCUUGGUAAUACAUUUGUAUAUUGAGAGGUGUGUUUUGAGGUGACCUAUUUAAUAUCUUACACUGUUAAUAAUAUGCUACUUUUUGUACAGUUUAUACUUUAACUCUAUUGUCUGUGUAUGAUUGUGAUUAAAAAAACUUUUUUGUUUGUCAUUACAAUAGCUUUUUGUGGCACAGUUUUUAGUUUCAGAUUUUAUUUUCAUAUUGUCAUAAAUUCUUUUUCCUUCAUGUUUUGCCUUUAUCAUAUUUUAGUUUAAAUUGUGCUUGGCUUUUUAAUGUGAUUUUAAAACUAUUUUUUAGUCUGUACAUGAACUGUAAAAUUCUAAUACCAUGUAUAACAGAGUGUGAAUGUGACAAAUUCAAAUGUAUUUAUUAGGUACAUCUAAUGAUGGACAUUGUGUAAUUUAUUGUACAAAUGUAAGCAGCAAAACACCAGUUUUAAAUAAAUACCAAUAGUUUGUGAGUUCUAAUUUUAAA